AUGUCGUUGGCAACGGCACGUUCGUUCCUGUCAGAGGCCUGUUACGGCGAGCAAGAACUUGAUGCCAAUUCCGCUCUCAUGGAGCUGGACAAAGGUUUGCGCUCGGUGAAACUCGGAGAGCAGUGUGAGGCUGUGGUGCUUUUCCCUAAACUCUUCCAAAAGUAUCCCUUUCCCAUCCUCAUCAACUCUGCUUUUCUGAAGCUAGCAGACAUAUUCAGACUUGGGAACAACUUCCUUCGUCUCUGUGUACUGAAAGUAACUCAGCAGAGUGAGAAACACCUGGAAAAGAUCCUUAAUGUGGACGAAUUUGUUAAGAGGGUGUUUUCUGUCAUCCACAGCAACGACCCGGUGGCCAGAGCCAUCACGCUACGGAUGCUUGGUAGUUUGGCCUCCAUCAUCCCGGAAAGAAAGAACGCCCACCACAGUAUUCGCCAGAGUCUGGACUCUCAUGAUAAUGUCGAAGUGGAAGCUGCCAUUUUUGCUGCUGCAAGUUUCUCUGCACAGUCAAAAGAUUUCGCAGCUGGGAUUUGCAACAAAGUCAGUGAAAUGAUUCAAGGUUUGGAUACUCCGGUGGAGCUGAAGCUUAAGUUGAUCCCCAUGUUGCAGCACAUGCACCACGAUGCCAACCUGGCGUCCAGCAGCCGAGAGCUUCUGCAGCAUCUUGUCAGCUCUUACCCCUCCACCCCAAUGGUCAUUGUCACACUGCACACCUUUACCCAGCUGGCUGCGUCCUCCCUCAUCGACAUCCCAAAACAGCUACAGCUUCUUCUUCAGUAUCUGAAAGAUGAUCCAAGAAAAGCUGUCAAGAGACUGGCAAUUAGUGACCUGAAGCUCCUGGCUAAAAAGGCUCCUCACCUUUGGAUUAGAGAAAACACUCAGACGCUGUGUGAAUGUGCGUUGACUAGCCCAUACAAUAGUUUGAAGCUGGGGACAUUGGCCGUCCUCUCCACCCUUUCUGGAACAAUAGCAAUCAAACAGUACUUCAGUGGUAGUUCUUCAGUUCCCCCCCGCCUUACUGAUCUGGUUAAACUGGCCCAAGAAUGUUGUUACCACAGCAACCUGGCGGUGGCUGCUCAUGGGGUCGUAGUCCUUGCCAACAUUGCUGUUUCCUGUCCAGAAAAGGAUAUUGUACAGUUGGAGCAGGACACAGUUUUGGGAGUGGAGUCCCUCCUGCUGCUUUGCAGCCAGGACAGCAGCCCUGCUGCCCAGGCCACUCUCAAAACAGCCCUCACUUCGCUGGUGAAGCUCCUGAAAAGUCGACCCAAUCUGAGCCAGCCGGUAGUGGAAUUCUUGCUCGGCCAGCUCCACUCUUCCUGCGACUCGUCUCGCGUCCUGCUGUGUCACACUCUAGCUGCCAUUGCAACCCACCUGCCAGUGCUGGGAGACGGCAUGCUGGGAGAUUUGGUGGAGCUCUACAGAGUGGCUGGUCACUCCUCCACUGACAAGCAGCAAGAACUUCUGGUUUCAUUGGCAACAGUGAUUUUUGUUGCUAGCCAGUCCUGUCUGUCGGUUGAAGUGAAGCUGGUCAUCAAACAGCAGCUGGAGAACGUCGCUAACGGCUGGACGGUGUACCGCAUUGCGCGGCAAGCGUCACGGAUGGGGUGCCACGAGUUCUCCAGCGAGCUGUACCAGAGUCUGCGGACCCGCGUGGCUUCAGAGCACUUUUACUUCUGGCUGAACAGCCUGAAGGAGUUCUCCCAGGCAGAGCAGUGUCUGAGUCACGUGGAGGACGGAGACUACAGUGGAGCCAUGAGCGCCAUCACUGAAGCCCUGCGCUCCUACCAAAAGGGCGUAGCCUCCCUCACAGCAGCCAGCACUCCACUGAGCCCGCUUGCGUUCCAGUGUGAGUUCAUUAAGCUUCGCAUCGACACCCUACAAGCCCUGUCACAGUUAAUAUGUACAUGCAACAGCCUGAAAACAAGCCCACCUCCUGCAAUCGCCACCACCAUUGCACUCACCUCAGGCAACGAGCUGCAGCGGUGCGGCCGCAUCUCCAUGCAGAUGAAGGUAUGCAUGGAUGAGUUUAGAAGUCUUGCUUCUCGCUACGCUGAUUUACACCAGUCAUCCUUUGAUGCCGACUACGCCACCCUCCGCAACGUGGAGCUACAACAACAAAGCUGUUUGCUCAUCUCUCAUGUAAUAGAAACGCUGAUCUUGGACCCACAGGCAGCCAGUUUUCAAGAUUACGGCACCCUGGCAUUGGUUCAGACAGAGAGUGAAUAUGAGCGACGGAUGAUGUCGGUCUUCAACCACGUGCUGGAAGAAGUGGAGAGUCUGACCAAAAAACAUCCUCCUGUUUCUUACCUGCACACAGGUUGUCUGUGUGACGCCGUCAUUGCGUUGCUUAAAGUCCCCCUGUCUUUCCAGAGGUAUUUCUUCCAAAAGCUUCAGUCAACCAGCAUCAAGCUCGCUCUGUCUCCAUCCCCACGAACACCAAGUGAACCAAUCCCAGUGCAGAGCAGUCAGCAGCUGACUCUGAAGGUGGAGGGGGUUGUUCAACACGGUACCACUCCAGGACUUUUCCGGAAGAUCCAGUCUGUCUGUCUCAAUGUCACUUCUGUUCUGCAGAGCAAGACUGGGCCUGAUUACAAGUUUCCAGUCGAUACCAAAACCAACGAGAUCGAGCAGCGUGUAGAGCCUCACAACGACUACUUCACGACCCAGUUCCUGCUGAAUUUCUCCAUCCUGGGCACUCACACCGUCACUGUGGAGGCCUCCGUGGUGGAUGAGAACGGCAUUAAGUGGAAGACUGGACCUAAAACGACUGUGUCAGUUAAAUCCCUGGAGGAUCCGUAUUCCCAGCAGCUCCGACACCAGCUCCAGCAGCAAGGCGGGGCGCAGGCCGCCCCGCAGAGGAGCGCAUACGCUCGCUUCUAGUCUGCACACCCUUCAAGGUGUGAAUCAGAAUGGCACAACUUUUGGACGGAGCCAGCAAGUUGAGCUGGGUUCUGCUGAAGUCAGUGCUGCGAUUCACCUUCAUGUUUUUCAACAACUGUGUAGCGAUCCCAUCCUACUGCUUCU